GCUCCCCCAUCAAUCAUCAACCAGCGCCGGCCGCGGCCGCCGGACCCCCCGCGCCCCCUCCAUCCCCCCCAUCCUCAUCCUCAUCCUCACCCUCAUCCUCCUCCCCCCGAGCCGCCAUGUCCUCCGCCCCCCCGGCCAAGUGUCCCUUCAAGAAGCGGGGCAGCCUCCAGACCCCCCUCCCCGCAGAACUGCGGGGGGGGUCGGCAGCGCGGCCCCUGCAGUCGGCCCGGUCCCUGCCCGGGACCCCCCACCUCCUGAAGCACUUCCCGGUGGAUCUGAGGACUUCCAUGGACGGCAAAUACAAGGAGAUCGCUGAGGAGCUGUUCUGCCGCUCGCUGGCAGAGAACGAGAUGCGGACGGCGCCGUACGAGUUCCCCGAGGAGAGCCCGAUCGAGCAGCUGGAGGAGCGGCGGCAGCGCCUGGAGCGCCAGAUCAGCCAGGACGUCAAACUUGAGCCCGACAUUUUGCUCAGAGCCAAACAGGACUUCCUGAAAAUUGACAGUGCCGCCGACCUACAGUCUGUGGGGCCACCAACCCAGCCCGGGGUGUUCCCCCUCGCUGUCCCCUCCCAGGUGCCCUUCACGGACCUGCUGGACGCGGCCAAGAGCGUGGUGAAGGCGCUGCUGCUGCGCCAGAAGUACAUGGGGCUGUCGCUGCAGAGCUUCUGCCGCACCACGGCCCGGUUCCUGCGGGAAUUCUCCGGGAAAAACCCCGACAGCCGCGCCCACGACGACCCCCCUGACACCCCCGUGGCUGCUGAUGCCCCCGUGCACCCCCCCUUUGCUGAGCGACACCCCUACGAGACGUGGGACCCCCGGGAGAUGCCCGAGGACCUGGGCUACGGGCUGCGCAUGGUGGACGGGGUCGUGCACGUCUACACCAGCCAGGACCCCACGGACAAGAGCACCGAGCUGGACCUGCCCUACCCCGACCUGCAGGAGUUCAUCGCUGACAUGAACUUCCUCAUGGCCCUCAUCAUCAACGGGCCCAUCAAAUCCUUCUGCUACCGGCGGCUGCAGUACCUGAGCAGCAAGUUCCAGAUGCACGUGCUGCUCAACGAGAUGAAGGAGCUGGCGGCCCAGAAGAAGGUUCCCCACCGGGACUUCUACAACAUCCGCAAGGUGGACACCCACAUCCACGCCUCGUCCUGCAUGAACCAGAAGCACCUCCUGCGCUUCAUCAAGAGGGCCAUGAAGAGGCACCUGGACGAGAUCGUGCACGUGGAGCAGGGCAAGGAGCAGACGCUCAAGGAGGUCUUCGAGACCAUGAACCUCACGGCCUACGACCUCAGCGUGGACACCCUGGACGUGCACGCGGACCGCAACACCUUCCACCGGUUCGACAAGUUCAACGCCAAGUACAACCCGAUCGGGGAGUCCAUCCUGCGCGAGAUCUUCAUCAAGACCGACAACCGCGUGGCCGGGAAGUACUUCGCCCACAUCAUCAAGGAGGUGAUGGCAGACCUGGAGGAGAGCAAGUACCAGAACGCCGAGCUGCGCCUCUCCAUCUACGGCCGCUCGCGGGACGAGUGGGCCAAGCUGGCGCGCUGGGCGGUGCAGCACCGCGUGCACUCCAACAACGUGCGCUGGCUCGUGCAGGUGCCGCGCCUCUUGUGUUUUUUCUCCCGUUUUGGGCGCCCCCCUGACCUGUGUGCCCCCCAGGCCCCCGUGCUGCAGUACCUGUACUACCUGGCCCAGAUCGGCAUCGCCAUGUCCCCCCUGAGCAACAACAGCCUGUUCCUGAGCUACCACCGCAACCCCCUCCCCGAGUACCUGUCCCGGGGCCUCAUGGUGUCCCUGUCCACCGAUGACCCCCUGCAGUUCCACUUCACCAAGGAGCCCCUGAUGGAGGAGUACAGCAUCGCCACCCAGGUGUGGAAGCUCAGCUCCUGUGACAUGUGUGAGCUGGCCCGGAACAGCGUCCUCAUGAGCGGCUUCUCCCACAAGGUGAAGAGUUACUGGCUGGGCCCCAACUACCAGCGGGAGGGCCCGGAGGGGAACGACAUCCGCCGGACCAACGUGCCCGACAUCCGCGUGGGAUAUCGCUUCGAGACGCUGUGCCAGGAGCUCACCCUGCUCACACAGGCGCUGCAGGGGGCCGAGCUGGAGCCCAUCCAGGAGGAGGGGGGCAUCACCAUCGCCCUGGGCACGCACUGAGACCCCCCAGAGACCCCCAGGACCCCGCGGGACCGCCCGACACCCCCAGUAGCCCCCGACCCGCGGGCACUGCAGGGGGCAGAGCUGGAGCCCACCCAGGGGGAGGGGGGCAUCACCACCACCCUGGACACACGCUGAGACCCCAGAGACCCCCCAGGGCCCCCCGACAUCCCUGAUGCCCCCAGGGCUCUGCCAGUGUCCCCCCACCUACAGGUGCUGAGCUGGAGCCCACCCGGGGGAGGGGGCAUCACCAUCACCCUGGGUACCCCCUGAGACCCCCAGAGACCCCCAUGAACCCCCCCCCACGAGACCACCAAUCCCCCCAGGGCUCCGGUGCCAUCCCCCCCACCCGCUCCCACCGCUGUCCCGGUGCCGCCGAGGGGGACACGGUUUGUUGGGUCCUUGUCAUUUCUGUCUGGUUUGGGGCAUUUUUGGGGUCUUGUUUUGUCAUUUUUGGGGUCUUUUUUGGGUCUUUUUCUGUUUUUUUUAACUGGUGUUUCUUUGCUGGGUUGGGCCCUGCCAGGUUUGGUGGCACCAGGUUUGGUGGCACCAGGAGGUGACGUGGGGACAGUUUGUUGGAUCCUCUCCAUUCCAUCUCGUUUUGGUCAUUUUGGAGGGCUUUUUUUGGUCUUUUUUUUGUCUUUUCCUGCCUUUUACAACCAGUGUGUACUCCCUGGGUUUGGUGGCACCAGGAGGUGACACAGGGACAGAGUUUGUUGGGUCUUCUCCAUUUCGUUUGGUUUAGGUCAUUUUUGGGGGCUUUUUUGGUCAUACUCUGGUUUUUAACAGGUGUUUCCUCACUGGGUUGGGUUGGGCCCUGCCAGGUUUGGUGGCACCAGGGGACACAGUUUGUUGGGUCCUCUUUGUUUUGUCUCAUUUUGGCCUUGUUUUGAUCCUUCUUUGGCCUUUUCCUGCCUUUUUUAACCGGUGUCUCCUCGCUGGGUUGGGCCUUGGUGGCACCAGCAGGUGACACAGGGGGGUCCUGCCUUCACCCCCAUGGUGGGGACACAGUGACAGGUCAGGGGUCCCUGCUGGGGGUGUGGGGGCAGCGUGGGGGUCCCAGCCCACCCCCCCAGCUCCUGGCCCUCCUUGACCCCCCCACCCUCUCUCCGUCCACUCUCCCCCCCAGGGGACGUGGGGACAAGCCCAGGGGGCUCCUCGGGGACCCCAACAUGGGGUCUCUGCCCCUUCCCACGGGGGGACAUGUCGGGGGGGACAUGGGGGGUGGUGCUGGGGGGGGAUCCCUCCUCACCCUCCCGGGGCUGAAGGCAAAGGGGACACGGUGACCUGUCCCUGGGCCCCCUUUUCCCAGGAUUUGUGGCCCGGAUGAGGCUUCUCCCGUCCCUGUGGGGGCAUCACCCCCCCAUCCCUGCGACCCCCAGUCCGGCCCCCCCCGCAGCCGCAGCUGCUCCCGGGAAAACCUGAAAACCAACCAAAAACGGUUCAACCCAAACAAAACCCGUUCAGCCCAACCCCCGCCCCCAGC